AUGAACGCCCUCUUUGACGCGGUGCGGGCGAGGUCGCCCUGCGCCCUGCGCCUGAGAAUACGGCCGCACGAAAUUACUGGCAUACGACGCGAUCUCGAAUACGGUGCCGACAUGGACAGAAACGAGGGAUCUGGGAGAAGACACAGCGAUUCUAGUAGGGAUAACAGAGACAGGAGAGACAGCAGCGACACCAGGUCACGACGUGGUAACGAUCGAGGCAGACACGACUUCCGCCGGAACCUUUCAGCCUUUAUGCCCACUGGGCGGGCCAACCGGCAGGUCACACUCAAAGGUGACCCGCGCAAGUACCGUCUAUUCGAAGCCCUCGUCGACAGCCGCUUUGGCUACGUGUUGAAGAGCCUGGGGCCUUGGUCGGCCGACAACCGCGAAAUGCACGCGUUUGGCCUGCACAGCCAAGGCGAGCUCGACCGCCAGGCCAAGCUGUUCCGCACAGCGCUGGCCCAGAGCAUGCAGCUGGCCAGCACCCGCGGCGUCGUGAGCCGCCUCGACAACCCGCUCUUCUGGAGCCUGCGCAACGCCUUUGUGCGCGGCGACACGGCUGGCCUGCACAAGGAGCUGCGCUACGCCUUCCAGAGCUUUAUUCUGCGCCCGAGCCUCGCCCCGGCCGUCAACACGCUGCAGGAAAGCAUUGCCGAUUUCCGCUUCCCCUACGAGUGGUACCCAUCCACUCGCACCAUGCAGCGCACCAUCCACCUGCACGUGGGCCCCACCAACUCGGGAAAGACGUACCGCGCGCUGCUGGCGCUCGAAAACGCGCAGACGGGCAUCUACGCGGGUCCGUUGCGGCUGCUGGCCCACGAGAUCUAUGCGCGCUUCGUAGCCAAAGGCCGGCCUUGCGCGCUGAUCACGGGCGAGGAGCAGCGGUUUCCCAGCACCGACGGCACGCCCAUGGACCCGGCAGACCCGGCGAGUGGGGUCGCGGCCAUGGGCGGCGGCGGCGCGGCGGACACGUACUUUCAGAGCUGCACGGUCGAGAUGACGCCGCUGAACAAGCUCGUCGAUGUGGCUGUCAUUGACGAGAUCCAGAUGAUCGCCGACCCGGAUCGGGGGUGGGCGUGGACGCAGGCGUUCCUGGGUGUGCAGGCGCGCGAGGUGCAUCUGUGCGGCGAGGAGCGCGCCGUCAACCUGAUCCAGGCGCUGUGUGCGCGCAUCGGCGACAAGUGCAUCGUGCACAGGUACAAGCGCCUCAGCGGGCUGCAGACGAUGAAGGAGAGUUUAAAGGGCGACUUUAGCAAUCUGCGCAAGGGCGAUGCCGUCGUGUCGUUUUCGCGUGUGGCCCUGCAUACUCUCAAGGCCGGCAUCGAGAGCAGCACGGGUCGGCGGUGCGCGAUUGUGUACGGCUCGCUGCCACCGGAGACGCGCGCACAGCAGGCGGCGUUGUUCAACGACCCGGACAACGACUACGACUUUUUGGUGGCCAGUGACGCCAUCGGCAUGGGCCUGAACCUCGAGGUCAAGCGCAUCAUCUUCGAGACGUCCACCAAGCACGACGGCAUCAACUUCCGGCGGCUGUCCGUGCCCGAGGUCAAGCAGAUUGGCGGACGUGCGGGCCGGUACCGGACGGCGGCGGCGGCGAUCAGGAGCGAUGCGGCCAGCGAGAACAAGGACAGCGACGCCAAAACCACGACGCCCGAAACGCCUGCCGCUGGUGCGGUGCAGAAAUGGGGCACGCCCGGGUUCGUGACGACGCUCGAAGACGAAGACCUGCCGAUUGUGUCGGCAGCGUUCCAGGACGAGGCGCCGCCACUGCAAUGGGCCGGCAUCCAGCCUCCGACGUUUGCCAUUGAGCAGUUUGCGCGCUACUUCCCGCCGGACACGCCCUUCAGCUUCAUCCUGACGCGCAUGCGCGAGCUUGCGCAGGUGUCUGAUCUCUUCCAGAUGUGUGGCCCCAAGGAGAUGAUUGAGGUUGCCGACAUCAUCCAGCCCUUCCGCAUGACCAUCUACGACCGCUGCAUCUUUAUGGCGGCGCCGACGUCGCUGCGCGAUCCGGGCCAAAAGGAGGUUUUGCAGGCAUUUGCGCGCUGUGUCUCCGAAAACAGCGGCGGCGAGUUGCUCGACAUUCCCGAGAUCAACCUCGAGAUCUUGGACGUGACCGACGCCAACGACUAUCCAGGCGGCCCCAGCAAGUACCUGCUGGGUGCCGAGGCCCUGCACAAGGCCAUUACGCUGUAUCUGUGGCUGAGCUACCGCUACGUGGGCGUGUUCAGCAGCCAGCAGCUCGCGUUCCACGUCAAGGGGCUCGUCGAGGCCAAGAUCAAGGACUAUCUCGACAACCUGACGUUUGUGCCCGAGCGGCGCCGGAAGCGCAUCGAGACGCUGCGCAAGAUGGCCGACUUGCGCGAGAAGCACGACGGCGACAAGCGACUGCUGAUGGAGGACGGCGACGAGGCGUUUGCGGCGGAGGUCGCGAGCGACGAGGCGCCGGCCAGCCCAGUGAACACGGCGUCGGCGGCGGGUCGCUAG